GUAGACCAUAAAGUCGACAACGAGUUAGGAAACUGGAGAACAAAAAGAGACAUACUAAUGGUGAAAGGACAACAACUAGAAGUGCUGAACGCACUUGAUGUAGCGAAAACACAAUGGUACCAUUUCACUGCAAUUGUGAUUGCUGGUAUGGGAUUCUUCACAGAUGCAUAUGACUUGUUUUGCAUUUCCCUGUUGACAAAGCUUCUCGGUCGCAUUUACUAUAAUGUACCCGGAUCAAAUAAGCCGGGAGCAUUGCCUAUCAACGUCUCAGCUGCCGUAAGUGGAGUGGCCCUCUGUGGGACAUUAGCUGGCCAACUCUUCUUUGGCUGGCUCGGAGACAAGAUGGGAAGGAAAAAGGUGUAUGGUAUAACCUUGGUUAUGAUGGUUGCAAUGUCCAUUGCCUCUGGUCUCUCCUUUGGGAGCACUGCCAAGAGUGUCAUGACAACACUUUGCUUCUUCCGUUUUUGGCUUGGAUUUGGUGUUGGAGGUGAUUACCCUCUAUCUGCCACCAUCAUGUCUGAAUAUGCUAACAAGAAGACUCGUGGGAGUUUCAUCGCCGCUGUCUUUGCUAUGCAAGGCAUGGGUAUCUUAGCUGGUGGGAUUGUUUCCUUAAUUGUUUCUUCCGCAUUUGAGGCCAAAUUCAAGCCUCCCCCUUUCAAAGUAAAUGCAGUUGCCUCCCUACCACCGGAGAGCGACUUUAUUUGGCGUAUUGUCUUGAUGUUUGGGGCUAUACCUGCAGCCACAACAUACUACUGGCGUAUGCAGAUGCCUGAGACAGCUAGAUACACUGCUCUUGUGGCUAAGGAUGCUAAGCAAGCUGCUUCAGAUAUGUCCAAAGUCCUCAAGGUUCAAAUUGAUGCAGAGGAGGAAAAGGUUGACCAAAUAGCGAAGAGCGAAAAGAAUCAAUUUGGGCUUUUCACAAAACAAUUUGCUCGUCAAUACGGUCUUCGUCUACUAGGAACCACUAGUACUUGGUUCUUACUUGACAUUGCAUUUUAUAGUCAAAAUCUUUUCCAAAAAGAUCUUUUUAGCUCCAUUGGGUGGAUCCCACCGGCAGCAGAUAUGAAUGCUAUCAGGGAGGUGUACAUGGUAGCAAGAGCUCAAACCUUGAUCGCUCUUUGUGGAACAGUCCCUGGAUACUGGUUCACUGUUGCUUUCAUCGACGUAAUUGGGCGUUGGUGGAUUCAAAUGAUGGGGUUCUUUUUCAUGACCGUUUUCAUGUUUGCCAUUGCCUUUCCCUACAAAUAUUGGCAGCAAAAAGAGAACCGUAUCGGGUUUAUUAUCAUGUACGGGCUCACCUUCUUCUUUGCCAACUUUGGUCCCAAUGCCACUACCUUUGUGGUGCCUGCUGAGGUCUUCCCAGCUAGGUUGAGGUCAACUUGCCAUGGUAUAUCUGCAGCAACUGGAAAAGCCGGAGCCAUUAUAGGAGCCUUUGGAUUUGUGUAUGCCUCACAAGAGAAGGACCCUGCUAAGAGAGACCAUGGUUACCCCGCCGGUAUAGGGAAGAGUAAAUCCCUUAUUGUGCUUGGUGUUAUCAACUUCCUAGGUAUGUUGUGCACUUUAAUGGUGCCUGAGUCAAAGGGUAAGUCUCUUGAAGAAUUAGCUGGUGAGGUUGAGGUCGAUGAAGUUGACGACGAACGCAGGAGUUCUGCUUGAUUAGUGCUCUGUUGUUUCGCGUACAUACCGAUCAUGUUAUUUAUUUGGUCUUCAGUCUUGAUAUUUAAUUUAUUUUCUUUGUUCGAUUCAUAUUUUUGUUGUUCGUGCCCCAAGCCAAUGUUGAUUUUUGUAAUAUUGGUUCGGAUAUGUUUUACUUUAUUUUAUUGUUUUCCAUGUUUUUCCUGAUUGUAAUUUAAUUUUUUUGUAAAGAAAUUAAAUUAUUUGAUUUGCUACUUGAUGUAGCUGUUGAAUGCAAUAAUGAAAUUAUUAUUUUUAUUUAUUAGUUUCUCUCUUUUUAUAUAUCUUUCUAAAAACUGCUAAAUUAUUGGUAUCAAUUUUAAAAAUU